AGCUGCACAGACUCGUUCAUGCGACGUGUUAUAACCUCAAUCAAUCGUAAACAUCGAAACAGCCUCAGCAAUGCAUGAAUAAUCACAUUAGUCAGUAUUAUUUAUUACCAAUAUGGAUCUAAACAUCGCUGAAAACGUUUGUAGAUUAUGUGCUAAUAAUGGAAAACAAUACCAUCCCAUUUUCGAUUCGAAAGCCAAUCCAAUAGCUGGGAAGAUCAACAAUUGUUUACCAAUAGAGAUUAGAGAAGACGAUAAACUUCCAUCUCACAUUUGCCCUGAAUGUCUCGAAGCUCUGGACAUAAGCGAUAAACUGAGAGCCCAAUCUCUGGUAGCUGAUGAGAUAUUGAGGCAGCAAUUGAGAGUUGUCUUGAUCGACAAAAUUAAACAGGAGAAAGAUGUGGAUACGGAUGAUGAAUCGCAGCCGAUGGAUACGACUGAACGAUUGUUCUGUGGUAUAUGUGAGAUCAAUUUUGAUGGCAUGCCUGAGUUCGAUGAUCACAUGAAGGCAUCACACUCUUCACAAUGGAUUUGUAAUCUUUGUCAUGAAGAUUGCAAGACAUCGGAUGAUCUGCUCCGACAUAAAUAUAAAGACCAUUAUGACAGUAUUGAUCAGAAUGAAGGGGCUGACAUUGAUCUUUCCAAAGAUGAUGAUGUUCAUCAUCCUCCAGAAACUACUGUUGAUCAUUCCCAAGAGGCCGAGGAUUCUGAUGGCACAGCAGAUUUUUCAGACCAUUAUGUCGAUGUGAAUGAAGCCAUCGAAAUCAAAGAAGAGGGGUUGGAGAAUUCUCAGGGUGCUGAGCUGCAUGCCCAACCCUCAGAGCAAAGGGAUAUUGUAUGUACUAUAUGCGACGUGACUAUUGCCAAUGAGAAGUUGAUGUCCCUUCACGUUAAAAUGCAUGAGCCCCGACAGAUCACUUGUCCCACCUGUUUUCGGGAAUUUGCCUCUGCCUACGAUCUCUUUAUUCAUAAGCAAAAGGUACACAGAGUGUUUAUUGAUCAGAAGAUGAAGUGGUUCUGUGAGCAGUGCGAGAGAUUUACAGCGAGUGUUCAGUUUUUGAAACGACAUAAACACUGCGCCAAGAUUAAGAUGAAGUGCAAGUACUGCAGCCAGAAGUUCUUCAAAAAAUCAGAACUGCAGAUUCAUCAGAAGAAAAAUCAUUAUGACGAUGUGAUGAAGGAUCCAGAGUCCGAGAAGUUUGAAUGUGAGACGUGUGGAAAGAGUUACGUGGAAAAGUCUUAUUACAAUUCCCAUGUCAGGAAACAUCAAGCCAAGCAUGAGGGAAGGUUCACGUGUCCAACUUGCGAGAAAAAAUUCUCAACUGCUGCAGUAUUGAAGUGUCACAUUGAAGUUAGGCAUGAAAAACAGCCGAAAUAUGUAUGUGAUAUUUGUUCCAAAAGCUUUUGCGGCUCGAGAAAUCUGCAAGUUCAUCGAAAGAGGCAUGCGAGUCAGACAUGUCAAGAGUGUGGAGAGAAAUUCGAAAACACUCGGAUACUGGCUGCACACUUAUUGAAACAGCACAAUAUAUCCGUACCAUCUGCAGGGAAAUAUGCGUGUAAAAUGUGUGGGAAGAAGUUCCUGAAGAUGAGGCUCUUGAGGGACCACAAGAACACUCACACUGGCACGAGACCACAUGUUUGUGACACAUGUCACAAAACAUUCCGAACUUAUGCAGCACGAUGGGCACACGAGCAGAGGCACAAGAAUGGAGGUUUCAUCUGCGAUUAUUGCAAGCAUAAUUUCACCGAUAAAAACAACCUGCGAAGACACAUUUCCCGGCACUUGCCACCCGAAGAGUGGCGAUACGAGUGUGAAAUAUGCAACAGGAAAUUGCAGAGGCUCUCCCACCUGCAGCGACACGUGGAGAGACACAAAGCGACCUACCCGUACCGAUGCAACAUAUGUGGAUUCAGAUUUCUCAGUAAGGGAGCUAUGACGUCGCAUAAAAAUCAAACACACAGCGAGAUACUCGGUCUCAAUUGCGGAUAAUUGUCAUUUUGGGGAAAAUAAAACUGCCUG